GAAUGGGCAGAUGUUUCAGGUCGGGACCCUGCUGUAGAUUGACGACCUACUGUUUUACAGUGUCCAUGCGCCCUCCGAUGGUCACGAUCCCAAUUGCACGGAAUGCCGGCAAAUGCGACCUGUCACACCGCCCCGCCCCGCCCCCUCUGUUGGGCCGUCUCGUCUCGUCUCGUCUUGUCUCUGGCGGUGCGGAACCAACCAAAGACCGACCGUGCUCUGCAGCCGCUUCUGGGCAACAUGGAGUCCGAGAGGGCGGGGGUAGAGGCGGCCGCAGACUCGGAGGGUGGGCGCUCGAGUGCAAACUGCGCGGAAGAAGAGCAAAACGUCUUGCAGGAACUGUCAGAGUUGCCAGUGGAGAGGGCGGGCAAGAGGCCGACGUGCUCACGGUGCAGCCGUCCUCAGAAGGUUUGCCUCUGCCCAUUCCUACCAGUUCAUCCACUGAAUAUUUCCACAUGCCUGUACAUAGUUCAGCAUCCAGCAGAGGAGAGUCGAGUGCUGCGGACUGUUCCUUUGCUGGCUGCCUGCCUUCCAGCUGACAAAUGUAAAGUCUUUAUUGGACGGCGCUUUAAUGAGGACAGGCACCCUGAACUUGCAGCAAUUUGCCAGAGUGUUGGUACAUUAAUCUUGUUUCCUGGACCUGAGGCAAAUAACCUGGAAGAACUUGAACUUGAUCCAACGCUGUCUCCUUACAAUAUUAUUAUCAUCGAUGGGACCUGGAGCCAGGCCAAAGGAAUGUUUUAUGGAAAUUCCCUCUUCCGCUUGCCUAAACAAGUUCAACUCAAAACGAGUUUAUCAAGCCAGUACAUAAUUCGAACGCAGCCAAAUAAUACUUGUCUCUCUACACUGGAGUGUGCAGCCUUUGCGCUGUCAAUUGUGGAAAAGGACCAUUGCAUUCAUGAGGUUAUACUUCGUCCCCUUCGAGCAUUGUGCUCAUUCCAACUUCAGCAUGGAGCUCAAGUCCAUCACAGUAAGGAACAUCUGAUUAAGAAUGGAUUAUACGCAAAACAGAUGCCAAAGAAUAAACAUAAACCUAAUAAAAUGGAACGUUUAGACAAAGAAUAGGUGAUGGGUAUAAUUUUAAAAUUACAUUAUUUUUUAUGAGCAGAGCUUUAUGACAGUGGUUUUCUGUCUCUGAAUCUCUUCAUUUUUAUUUGAACUGGACAUUGGUUUGCAAAAGUUUAAUUCCUUGCUUAUUUCUAUUUUGAUUUUUAGUCUUAAUAAAUUCACCAGCAGUAAGUUUCUUGAGUUGCUUCUGU